AUUGUCACCAUGUCCCUGCUGUGCCCGCUGCUGCUGGCAUUAGCCCUAGUGGCUGUGCCUGGUGCCCGCAGCACUUGCCCGGUGCCUGCAGACCUGAAGAAUUCAGAUGGGACGCGCACAUGUGCCAAGCUCUAUGAGAAGAGUGAUCCCUACUAUGAAAACUGCUGCCAGGGGCCAGAGCUGUCUGUGGAGCCAGGCAGUGACCUGCCCUACCUGCCCUCCAGCUGGUCUAACACUGCAUCAUCUCUGGUAGUGGCCCAGCGCUGUGAGCUCACUGUGUGGUCUCUCCCUGGUAAGCGUGGCAAGACACGCAAGUUCUCUGCAGGAACCUACCCUCGCCUGGAAGAGUACCGCAGAGGCAUUUUUGGAGACUGGUCCAACUCCAUCUCUGGUCUCUACUGCAAGUAA